AUGGUGCAAUCCCACACGGCUGCAGCGACGCAGGCCAACUCGAUGCUGCCCUCGGCCAGUGCGGCGCCCCUGAUCGCCAAGGACAAUGACGUGGUCAUGCUGGACAACUGUGAGCACGAAACUUGGAUAUUGUGCACCCGGAUUUUAUGACUGACCGCUUCUCCAUUAAUGCCACAGAUGACAGGUUAGUUUCCGCUCCACGACGAUCGUAGCCAGACAGCAUGUGGCGGUCCGAGCUUUGGGACGGCGAACACCCCUGCCCCACCUCCUGAUCGCUGCGUCCGUUCUGUCCGUCGUCUCAAGUCUCACUUACUGACCAUCAUCAUCUCUUCUGCUACGUGCCUAGUUUCACGUGGAAUCUUGUAAAUCUUGCAUAUCCUCUCUCCGACGUCCUUCGCGCUCUUCGCAGACCCAAAAUUGACUCAUCGUGAUGCCCCUGUCUUUACCAAACUGCAGUACCAGUACCUGUGCCUCUUGGGCGCCAACGUCACCGUCAUCCGAUCCGAAGCCAUCACUCUCGAACAACUCGCCGAGCGACACCCCAAGCUCACGCACCUGAUCAUCUCCCCUGGUCCCGGCCACCCACUUCGCGACAGCGGCAUCUCGAUUCCUGCGAUCAAGGCCUAUGCGGGCAAGAUCCCCAUCCUCGGCAUCUGCAUGGGUUUGCAGUGCAUGUACGCAGCGUACGGUGGUGAGGUCGACAAGGCUGGCGAAGUCGUGCACGGCAAGACGAGCGCCGUCAAUCACGACGGCAAGGGUCUCUUCAAGGACGUCGACCAGUCCGUCCAAGCAACACGAUACCACUCCCUCGCGGCCAAGCUCGACAGUCUUCCCGAGGUACUCGAAGUCACCAGCCGCACCGAGUCAGGCAUUGUCAUGGGUUUGCGUCACCGACGCUACGCCAUCGAGUCCCUUCAGUACCACCCCGAGAGCAUCCUGUCCGAGCAAGGCAAACUCAUGCUCGCCAACUUUUUGAGCUGGACCAGCGGCGAGUGGUCCGGCAACCCCGGGUACGAAGCCGCCGGCACGUCCGCGGCAAGCGGUACAACCAGGUCUUCCGAAGCGAUCGCGAUUCCAUCCCCUGCUGCGCUGCCGACGAUUCUGCAAAAGAUCGAGAACCAACGUGCGAUCGACGUUGCCAAGGCCAAGGCCACGCCCGGGUUCAAGCCAGCCGAUCUCGCUUCCCUUAUCAACCUGCACGUCGCCCCUCCUCUCAUCUCCUUCCACCAGCGACUACAGGCCAGCGCGGCCUCUUCUACCUCCGGUGGUGCCCCGCACGUUGCUCUUCUCGCCGAGGUCAAGCGUGCUUCGCCUUCCAAAGGUGACUUCGUCGAUGGCUCUUCCCCUUCCUCGCCGUCGAUUGCCUUGUCGUACGCCUUUGCCGGUGCUUCUGCGGUCUCCGUUCUAACCGAGCCCAAGUGGUUCAAAGGCUCGCUCGAGGACAUGCGAGCCGUGCGGGCUGCGGUCGACAGUCUCCCGAACCGACCAGCCAUCCUGCGCAAGGACUUCAUCCUUGACACGUACCAAAUCGACGAAGCGCGUGUGUACGGUGCCGACACCAUCUUGCUCAUUGUUGCGAUGCUCACGGACGAAAAGCUUGUCGAACUGUACCAGCACUCACUCUCGCGCGGCAUGGAACCUUUGGUCGAAGUCAACAACACCGAAGAGCUCGUGCGUGCGCUCAAGAUCGGCUCCAAGGUCAUCGGCGUCAACAACCGCAACCUACACGACUUUGAGGUCGACAUGGGCACCACGUCGCGUAUCGCCGAUGUCAUUCGUGAGCAAGAGGGAGGCAAGGACGUCAUUCUCAUCGCACUCAGCGGUAUCACGGGUCGAAAGGACGUGGUGAACUACAUGCAGCAGGGCGUCGGUGCGGUCCUUGUCGGCGAGUCUUUGAUGAAGGCGAAAAACAAGGGCGCGUUCGUUCGUGAGCUCUUGGGUCUGCCUCAGCCAGCUCCCGUGGGCGAACCUGUGGCCGCUGCGACUGAAGCCACCGCUCAAGCGGCUGUUUCUGCCGCUACGAGUUCGUCCUCCAAGACGUUGGUCAAGAUUUGCGGUCUCAAGACGCCCGAAGCUGCUCUCGUCGCUGCCGAGGCAGGCGCCGACUUCUUAGGUCUCGUCUUUGUCGAGGCGAGCAGACGCAAGGUUUCGAUCGACCAGGCCAAGAAGAUCGUCGACGCCGUUCGUUCGCGCCCCUUGAGUGGUCCUCCCUCGUCGACACCAUUGGCCCCAUCGAACGACUGGUUCUCCUUCCAAGCCGCUCGCCUCGCGUCGCACCCCCGCAAGCCGCUGAUCGUCGGUGUGUUCCAAAACGCCUCGCUCGAGACCUUGUUGACGACGAUUGAUGCGCUCCAACUCGACGUCGUGCAAUUGCAUGGCAACGAACCCAUCGGAUGGACUCGCUUGCUCAACGUCCCCACCUUCAAGGGGUUCCACGUCGAUGCCCAAGUCGAAUCAGGCAAGGACGGACUCGAGUCAGUUCACUUGCGCGACGCCACUCGUGCAGGCUACCAUGCCGUCCCUCUCCUCGAUACCAAGAUCGGUAAAGGCGAGAACGCAUUGAGUGGAGGAGCAGGCAAGACGUUCGACUGGUCCGUCGCCAAGCGUUUGGUCGAAAGUCGCGGCGAAGGCCAUGCCCGUCUCCCCAUCAUCCUCGCCGGUGGUCUCGAUUGCGUCAACGUCGUUUCGGGCUUGCAGCAGGUCCAACCUUGGGCCGUCGAUAUCAGUGGUGGUGUCGAGACGAACGGAGAAAAGGACUUUGACAAGAUCCGCAAAUUCAUCAGUCUCGUCAAGGGAGCAUAG